GACAAUGUCGCAAAUGCGACAGAGGCCGUCGCUAACUUCUACGCCCGAUACCCUAACAAACUACGCCCUAGUACUAUAGCGACGAACAACCUACCUACCUACCCUAUUAACGCAGCCUUGCGAGUUAAUACCGUUACUACUACUACGUAG